AUGUUACAACAAUGCUUUAAUAAAACAAUUACAAAUAGUUCCUCUUCUAGCACUUCUAGUACUUCUAGUACAAGUAGUUCUACGUGUAGAGACGUUAGUUUUGACUCAUUCAAUUGCUACGUCGGGUCUUUUCACCCGAGCGAUGCUAGCUAUUUGGCUCGACAACCUGGCGUGUCAAGUGUCGAACCCGAUUCAAACUUUACUAUUGUUUCUCCUUACUAUCGUCGAAAUCAUGGAAAUCAUGAUAACAGACGAAGAUCCCCGGUAAAACUUUCUUUGCCUUUAAAUUUAGGAGUUUCAGGAGGUUUAGGAAUUUCUAUCGGAAAGAGUUCUACCACCAGUACUGUUGACCCUGCAGCAACUGAUACUUCAACCGAUGCUUUAAGAAGACCACCAAGGCCCGUUCGCGGUAGAUCCACUACCACUUCUGCCAUAACUUCUACCGUGGCUUCUACCGUAGCUCCUACCGUAACGGUAGCUAGUUGCAAUGGUUACUCAGCAGAAGGUCCUUCUCCUUCUGCUCCUCCAAAUUUGGAUCGUAUUGACCAAGAAUCCAAUAAUUUAGAUGGAAUCUAUAAUUAUCCUAGUAGUGCUGGCAACGGCGUAGAUGUUUAUGUUGUUGAUACAGGAAUUUAUUUAGCAAAUAAUGAAUUUGAAGGACGAGCAUUUUGGGGUAAAACUGAAUGUAGCGGUUGUCCAGACAGUGAUGAUAAUGGUCAUGGAACAAACGUCGCAGGAAUUAUUGGAGGAAAAAUUUAUGGUGUGGCAAAAAAUUGUAAUUUAUAUGCCGUUAAAGUUUGUGACUCUGGAGGUUCUUGCCAGAACAGUGAUAUCAUUUCAGGAUUAGUCUGGUGUAUGCAACAACAUUCGAAUAGCGGCCGGAGUUCAGUGAUUAAUUUGUCAUUAAGUGGUGGUUAUUCAACAUCUCUUAAUAACGCAGUUCAAUCAUGCAUAGCUCAAGGUAUGCAUGUCGUUUGUGCUGCUGGAAAUGAUGAUGACGAUUCUUGUAGUUAUUCACCGUCGUCAGCGCCUAAUUGCACAGCAGUUGGAGCUACCGAUAAUUCAGCUAAUAUGGCAAGUUUCUCAAAUUAUGGAACUUGCGUUGAUAUAUUCGCUCCAGGUAACGGAAUCGUGGCAGCUGGAAGUUCUUCUCCUUCAGACUUGUCAGAUUAUAUAGGAACUAGUCAAGCAGCCCCCCAUGUUGCAGGAGCGAUUGCUUUGAUGAUUUCAGAUAGUGGAGAUUUUGCUCCAGCGGAUAUGAAGAAUAAACUUAUUAAUUCAGCAGCUAAAAAUAAAGUAAACGGCACUCUUAAUAAAUCCCCUAAUGUCUUUUUACGGGUUCCACAUUGUUAG